AUGAUAUUGACUUCAUUUUCAUCCUCUUUUUCUUCUUCCUCUUUCUCUGAUGAUGAAUUUGAUGAUGAAUAUAUCGUCACACUUUUAGGAGCUUAUGAGCAGAACAACACUAAUAUGCUUCAGAUUCUGAAGAGUGAUAGCUCAAAGAAGGUAGGUGGUUUUGUUGUAGCUUAUGUACUUGGAUUAUCUCCCCUACAAAAAAUGACUUUAGCGAUGAGAAUAUUGUCAUAUGGUGUUGCAGCAGAUGCAGUUGAUGAUUACAUACGUAUCGGAGAAAGUACUGCAAUUCAAAGUUUGCAACAAUUUUGUAAUUCAGUGAUUGAAAUAUUUGCUGAAGAAUAUCUGAGAUCUCCAACACCAACUGACAUUGCUAGAUUACUUACUAUUGGAGAGGUUCGGGGGUUUCCUGGCAUGUUGGGAAGUUUAGAUUGCAUGCAUUGAGAGUGAAAAAAUUGUCCAAAGGCAUGGCAAGGUCAAUAUGUAGGCCAUCAAAAGAAGCCAACCAUUAUUCUUGAAGCAGUAGGCAGAGCUCCCUCUGUCCAUUACACGAUUAACGGACAUAAUUACGAUAUGGGUUAUUACCUUGCUGAUGGUAUAUACCCUCAAUGGGCAACACUGUCUGCCAGGAAAGAUGUAGAGCGGGCAUUCAGAGUCCUUCAAUCUCGAUUCGCAAUUAUAGGUGGUGUUGUACGUUUUUGGGAUUCGAAAAUGCUUGCCAACAUAAUGAAGACUUGUAUUAUUUUACAUAAUAUGAUUGUUGAAGAUGAGAGGGAGGAGCACCUUGACUUCAAUUAUGAAAUUUCAUCAACCAACACACCAGUGCAACUUUCCUCUACUCCUAUGAAUGACUUCCAAACAUUUUUGUUUAGGUAUUAG